AUGUCAGAUGUUAAAGGUACUUCAGAAAGUUCUGCAAAGCCAAGUUCUACUGAAGAAAUUGAUAAUGUUGAAGAAAAAAAUUUAUCAUAUUUAUCAUCGUCACCAAAAAAGGAUUCUAGUGAAGAAUUUGAUGAUAUUUAUGAAAAUAGUAAAGUUAAAGUUGAUAAAGCUUUUUUAAAAUUUCAAAAAAGAAUUCAAUUGUUUCCUAAACAAAUCUUAAGAUAUUCAAGGUUGCAUGAAGAUGAUAAAAACCCAGAUCCAUUAUGGGUAAGUGAUAAUGAUAAACCUGGUGAAAACAAUAUUAUUAUACCAAAGUGUUCAAAUUGUGGACAAGAGAGAACAUUCGAGUUUCAAGUAUUAUCAACCUUAUUAAAUUAUCUUAAAAUAGAUCACACAAAACUUGAUUCACUUGAUUGGGGAACAUUAUUAAUUUAUAGUUGCAAAGAUAGUUGUCACUCUGAAAAUAAUUAUUAUUUGGAAGAAUUCAUCUAUAGACAAGAUUUUAGUGGCGAUGGUGUUCAUAAUAAGCAAUUAGUUGAAGUCACUACAAAACAAAACGUUGUUAAAAUUCCAUCAAAGUCUAUAUCAACUACUACUACUAAAACCACCAAUAAAAAUUCAACAACAACAAUAGUUGUCGAUUCAAUUAAAAAUUCGGCUACCAAAGAUAUUAAACAAGAUGAACAAGAAAUAGUCGAAGUUCCAAUCUCGGAACCAUUUAACUCAUUUUUAAAUCUUAACACUCACGACACCAUCUCACCUUUAAAUAUCAAGAUGUACACUUGUCCAAAUUGUCAUACUCCAAAUUCAGUUAAUGUUGUUAAAAAUGAUGAUAAUAAUUCAGCUAAUGGUGAUUAUUAUACUUGUUUAUCUCACGGAAAUUAUGGUUGUGGAUGGAAAGGUGAACAUCAACCAAAUGAAGAAAAUAUAGCAAAACAUGUAUUUUCAAUUAUUGGAUUUAAACCAUUAAUAAUUAAUUAA